UACAGGGAGUCAGUGUGGAACACAUCUGCAAGUGAUAGACUGAUAGUGAAGACUGUGUAGUGUGAGCAAGUGGAGAAGAAUAUUGUUGUGUGUGCUAAUCUUCGGAUGUUUUUUUACAAUUCUCAGCUCAAAAUUUCUGAGUUUUCUAAUUAAUACGUUGUUUAUUGCUUAACGUAGUAAACAUUCUGUCUAAUUGUGAAAAAUGAGCUCCUUAAAGUUGCAAAAGAGGCUUGCAGCUUCCGUGAUGCGAUGUGGUGAGAAGAAGGUAUGGCUAGAUCCAAAUGAAAUAAACGAAAUUGCCAAUACAAAUUCUCGUCAAAAUAUCCGUAAACUGAUCAAAGAUGGUUUGAUUAUUAAAAAACCGGUCGCUGUUCACUCACGUGCACGUGUCCGUAAGAAUACUGAGGCAAGACGUAAAGGAAGGCAUUGUGGUUUUGGUAAACGAAAGGGUACCGCAAAUGCUCGCAUGCCACAAAAGGAAUUGUGGAUACAAAGAAUGCGUGUUCUGAGACGUCUUUUGAAGAAAUAUCGUGAAGCUAAAAAGAUCGAUCGACAUUUAUAUCAUUCCUUGUAUAUGAAGGCGAAGGGUAAUGUAUUUAAGAACAAGAGGGUUUUAAUGGAAUAUAUCCAUAAAAAGAAAGCAGAAAAAGCACGAACCAAAUCAUUGCAUGAUCAAGCAGAAGCGCGAAGAUUAAAGGUUAAAGAAGCAAGGAAACGUCGUGAAGAAAGGAUUGCACUUAAAAAACAGGAAAUUAUUCAAAAUUAUCAAAAGGAAGAUGAAGCAGCCGCAGCUGCAAGGAAAUAAUCUUAAUUUCUGUGUACAAAGUAUGGAAAUAAAUACCUACUUCUAUUUGCUAA